AUGUCCACUGUUGUGUACCAAGGGCUGCAGUCAUGCUUGGAGACCCAGCAGGUGGAGCAGAGGACACUGAGGCUCAAAUUGGCUUCCCCAAAACCACACUUCUCUCAGUCCAUAGGCUUGUUAGAUUCCAACACCAAACAAACUGAAGAGAAAUGCCAUUAUGGGGAAGGUGGCGGCAAGACUAAUUCUCCUCUUGACACCCACAACUCCCCAAGCCCUGACUUGGGUGGUUGGAGCUUCAUCCAUGCUCUCUCCAAUGGCUCCCAGGGUCAGAAAGAAGCAAUGGAGAAACAGUGCUCAUAUGUUCACCCUCUAGUGAAGAGGUCUGCAUCCACCCUCAGUGACAAGAGCUUGGAAAUGUGCACUGAAGAUUUGGGGAGCGAGACGGGCACACAUGUUGUUGAAAACACCAUGUUUGCCGUCCCUGCAUCGGCUUCUGAGCCUGGAGACUGCCCAUCAAGGGAGCUAUUACAAUCGCGUCAACUUUUGAGAGCUACGAAAGCAAAUUCUCAAAAUUUUCCGCCCCCCUUGACAACGAUAAGUGGAUCAAAUUCUCUUCAAAUUAGGCCCCACCGUGAAGACGGACGAUUAAUAAUGAAAGCUGUCAAGGCAUCUCUAGCACACACGCUUUUUCAGAUAUACUUCAUGCCCCAACUUCAACUUCUGCCCAUUGGAUUCUGCAAUGAAUUAGACAGCAUGUCAUGA